AGUGAUGUUUACGGCCACCUCGGAGUGGGAGAAUCCGCUCUGGUCAUCGUUGCCCUCAGGAUUACGCCGGAUGAGUUUGCUAUAAACAGCCUGAAUUACAUAACAGCGCGUAAUUUACUCGCAGCACCCAUAGUUGGCGGACGUGUCAUCAUCAGAUUUUUUUUGCGGAAUAAAAUAGCAUCGUAUUUUUCCUACAAAGGUGACAAGUGCGGUCACUGCAACUGCAAGAGGAUAAGUUUUUAAGGCGGUAGAUAAGAGCGUCCAUCAUGUCAGUGGUGGGCAUUGAUGUGGGUUUCCUAAACUGCUACAUCGCCGUGGCCAGGAGCGGUGGCAUUGAGACCAUCGCCAACGAAUAUAGUGAUAGAUGCACGCCGGCCUGUGUGUCUUUUGCAUCCAAAAAUCGCAUCAUUGGAAAUGCAGCCAAGAGUCAAGUGAUCACAAACUUCAAAAAUACAGUUCAUGGCUUCAAAAGGCUCCAUGGCAGAGCAUUUGAUGACCCGUUUGUGCAAGGAGAAAAAAACAAACUACCUUACAGUCUGCAUAAACUGCACAGUGGGAACACUGGAAUUAAGGUGCGUUAUUUGGACGAGGACAAGGUAUUUACAGUAGAGCAGAUCACAGGGAUGCUGCUCACCAAGCUGAAGGAGACAUCAGAGUCCGCCUUGAAGAAGCCAGUGGUGGACUGUGUCGUCUCUGUACCAAGCUUUUUUACAGAUGCCGAGCGGCGAUCUGUGUUGGAUGCGACGCAAGUAGCAGGGCUCAACUGUUUACGGCUCAUAAACGACACCACUGCAGUGGCGUUAGCCUAUGGGAUCUACAAGCAGGACCUUCCCACUCCAGAGGAGAGGCCUCGGAAUGUUGUGUUCGUGGACAUGGGACAUUCCUCUUACCAGGUCUCCAUCACAUCCUUCAACAAAGGCAAACUCAAGGUCCUUGCGUCAGCGUUUGACCCCUACCUGGGUGGGCGUAACUUUGACGAUGCCUUAGUGAAUUACUUCUGUGAGGAGUUCAAGGUCAAGUACAAGCUGCAUGUGCGAGAGAACCCGAGAGCGGUGCUGCGUCUACAUCAGGAGUGUGAGAAACUCAAGAAGCUGAUGAGUGCCAACUCUUCAGACCUGCCUCUGAACAUUGAAUGCUUCAUGAAUGACAUGGAUGUGACCAGUAGAAUGAACAGAGGCCAUUUUGAAGAGAUGUGUGCUCAGUAUCUAAUUCGGGUGGAGAUGCCACUGAAGGUUGCACUUGAACACUCAAAGCUAAGCCGGGAUGACAUCUACUCCGUGGAGAUAGUUGGAGGAGCGACGAGAAUGCCAGCCAUUAAAGAGAGGAUCGCAAAAUUCUUUGGCAAAGACGUCAGCACCACGCUCAACGCUGAUGAGGCUGUCGCUAGAGGCUGUGCCCUUCAGUGCGCAAUCUUGUCUCCGGCGUUUAAAGUGCGGGAGUUCUCCAUCACUGAUACUGUCCCCUUCCCCAUUACUCUACGCUGGAAAUCACCAACAGAGGAUGGACUGGGAGAGUGUGAGGUAUUCAGUAAAAAUCAUGCUGCUCCGUUUUCCAAAGUGAUCACCUUCCACAAGAAGGAGCCUUUUGACCUUGAAGCCUUCUACAGCUGCCCUGAAGAGCUUCCAUAUCCAGACCAGAGGAUAGGAUGCUUUACCGUACAGAAUGUGGUACCUCAGCCAGAUGGAGACAGCUCGAAAGUGAAGGUCAAGGUGCGCGUUAAUGUUCAUGGCAUCUUCAGUGUGUCCGGUGCCUCUCUGUUCGAGAAGCAGAAAGGAGAAGGGGAGGACAUGCAAAUUGAUGUAGAGCCGCUUGUGCAGAAUGAAGGCAAAGUCGAGGACCAGACCAAAAUGCAGGUAGACCAGGAAAUCCAAAACCAGGGGGACCACCAAAAUGAAGACGACUCCACCACUAAGGAGGGUGCUGGUGCAGGGGAGAUGCAAGAUCCAGCAGCAGCAGGGGGGAGCAAGGCCAAAGUGAAGGCAAAGAGUGUUGACCUGCCUGUUGUGGCCAACAACAUCAGACAGCUUAACAGCGAAGUACUUUGCAACUUUGUCCAGUAUGAGCGUCAGAUGAUCGUGCAGGACAAACUCGUGAAAGAGGUGAACGAUGCUAAAAAUGCUGUGGAGGAAUACGUAUACGAUCUCCGAAACAAACUCUGUGGCAUCUAUGAAAAGUAUAUCACAGAGGAAGACAGUAACAGGUUGACGUUGCUGCUGGAGGACACUGAGAACUGGCUGUAUGAGGAAGGAGAGGACCAACCCAAAGAUGUCUAUGUGCAAAAACUAGAUGCGCUCAAGAAUUUGGGUCAACCUAUACAAGAACGGCACAGAGAGUACGAGGGCCGGCCGAAGGCUUUUGAAGAGCUUGGCAAGCGGCUCCAAUUCUACAUGAAGUUUGUCAACUCUUACAAACAAAAGGAUGAACGUUAUCAACACUUGAGUGCAGAAGAGGUCAACACUGUGGAGAAGUGCAUGAAUGACACCAUGAUGUGGAUGAACAGCAACAUGAAUGCCCAGAAUAAACUGGCCAUCACUCAAGACCCCAUUGUCAAAGUAGCAGACAUCGUUGCAAAAAUACAGGAAGUGCAGGAUUUGUGCAUCCCGGUGAUCAACAGGUCCAAGCCCACAGUAGAAGUGCAGGAGGUGAAUGACCACAACAGCAGAGCUCACAAUAAUGGCCGUGCCUCCAAACAAGGUUCAGAUGGGAUGGGGGACGCCAAGGGAAACCAGCACACAAAAUCCACCACAAGAGAGAUGGAAAUGGACUAAGAUGAUCUGGCAUCGGCAUCCAUCAUUAUGACGACCAUCAGCAACCAUGUAGACAGUAGGGGUAGUGUUACAGUAUCUGGGACCACUUCUCUAUCCUCAUCCGCCACAUGUGUGGAUUUAGUGGCGUUUUUUGACUCAUACCUUUUUUUUGGUUUACACUCAUCGUCAUGUGACUAUGGUGUACUUUUGCUCUCAAAGCUUUGACAAUUCAAAGAAACAAUGCAAUAGAUCCAAAUGUUCCACCUGUCCCUUGAAGGAAGCUUUUGCCUACUGUGUCCUCUAUUGUAGCGUGUCAGCAGUAAACCCCAUUGGUGAACAAGUGUAAACAAUAGCUGUUACCAAACUAUUAGUUUGUAUGCAAUACUAAUAAUUCUAUAUAUUUGUAAUACAUUUGGGAUGAUGUGUAAGUCCCCAAAUGUAAAAUUCUAUUUUAAUAUUCAAUAAAAAGCCACCAUCAUAUUUAAGAUUAUGAAUUAUGAACACAUUCCCUAUAGUGUCUGUAGGAAGUGAUGGGCUGCCUAUUUCCUUGUUGAUUUUCUUGCAAGUUUCCUUAUAGGAUUGAAGAUGACUAAAUAAACUCAGCAGUAAGACAAAGUAACUAUUGUGGUAUGAUUAUAUUUUCAGCAGCUGAAAUGAAAAAGUAAAACGUUUAAAACCAUUCGACACACACACACGUAUAUACACAUUUGUUCGUAGAAUGCACACUGCUAUGAACUCCAGGUCUGGCUCUGUGUCGGAACACGAUAAAUUAAGCGCUAUGCUGUCCAUAUGACACGUUGAAGGGCACUGGGUACCUGAGGCAAAUCUGAAAUGCUAAUUGUUUCAGUGACAUUGGGCAAGGUUAACCAUUGUGGAGAAAUAUGGUUUUAUUCGCAAGGGCUGGCCAUCACUCAAGACCCCAUUGUCAAAGUAGCAGACAUCGUUGCAAAAAUACAGGUAUGUGGUAUCCCUCAAUCAGUCAAGUGAGCCAUGCUGACAUUAAAACUUCCGAUUUACAGGAAGUGCUCCUAAUGGAAGCUCUGGGCAGAUUACAUUGAGAGGUCAACACAUAGAAGCUGAACUCUGAUUUGACACAUAUAUAUAUACGUACUGGAAGCAGUGCAACCAAGAGAUUAGCUACUAAAUAUAGAAAUAAAUUAAUACAAUUUCACGGAACAAGUACUGGAAUUUAAGUUGUAAAUGUUGGUGGCUCUUAUGAUGGUGUUAAACAGGCAAACAAGGCCUUGCUGGCCCUGAUAGCCUGCCAUUGAGUGUGAAGAAGGCUAAUAAUCCUGUUAUCCCACGUCUUACAUGUUUUUCUAAUACUAGAAUAUGCAUUUAAGGGGUGUAGUGCAUUUAAACGGCAAACUAUAAUUCUUGGUGUUUGAAUGGGUUAAGAAGCUGAAGAGGGCGUGGCUAGUAUGGAACGGGGCGUGGAGAUACGUGUAGCUAUUGAUGGUGUCCGAAUUCGCGGUCUGCGUCCUUCGAGUCCGCCUUUGUGGGGAGAGCUGACGUCAUCGUUAGGCCGUCGCAAUUCGAAAAUGCUCCCAAGGGUCCAUGAAAUGCGGCUGAAUUGUUUCCUCCUCUACCAUUACCGCGAAGUGUUCAUCUGGUGUCUGGCCUAUUCUUACUGCCUUUCCAUAUCCCAAGAUUUUUUAGCAGAAUUCAUGUUUCAACUGGGCAGCGUUGCGGGAAGAGAAAGAAAACAUCAAAAACAAAGUAUAUAUUUACUUUUUUGGCCUUUAAAAUUCAUUAUUUCACAUUUUGUUAGUCUUUCCAUCUCUUUUUUUCUCCUCUCCUUUGCGGACCCGACGGCAGUAUUGCAAGAAGGGAGAGUGCGUAAACACGUGACACAACCAAGAAGUAUUCUGAAGGGACCGUCCCAAUUCACUUUGCUCCAGCCGCGGCCGGAGGACGCUAUCAAAGACCUUAUAGCGCAAUGCGCGAGUGGGAUUAUAUAGCUUUCUGGUCCGUAUAUGUGUUGAAGCUGCGUUCUUUCUCUGGGUGAUUAGUUGAAUUCAUGACAAGUCAGUGAUGAUUUAGGCUAUAGUCUUCUCAAAUGUAUUAACAAUGCAAUUGCUGAAAUAAAUAUUGGAUUGUAUAAACACUAUGAGGUAAUUAUCCAUAUAAGUACUUUUUAAUCAGAUUUCUUUGGAAUCGACUUUCUGGAAUGGUAAAUUGAAUUACAGUCAACGGGAAGUGCAGAAAAGUGUCAUCACAUAAGUAGAUUUGAAGCAAUUGUGUCAUUUCACACACAGUAUUAUAGCAGUUCUCAUGUAUAUUAUUUAUGUUAAGAUUUAAGUUUCAAAUGAUUGUACUUGAAUGUUUAUGUGCCAUUUGCAUAAUUUCAUGUACUUGAUCAAGUUCAUGCAGCAAUUGCAUGUAAGAAAUGUUUAAUCAUUUUUGGUUUAUAUAUGUAUAUUUUUUAUUUGUAUGUUGCUUGUUUGGCGUUGCUAAAACAGUAAGGA